AACAGCAAAACGAUUAUUAAGAAUGGAUUUUAAAAAAAUACAAUAGGUAGAUGCAUAUCACAGUUUAAAACAAUUCUUAAAAUUACUGGAAGAUGUUAAAUGUAUUCUUAAGACCUGGGAAGCCUCCACGCAACGCUGAAUCAACGAAACCGCAACUGUAACUGCAGAACACGAAAUCACGUGAUAUAUCUGGACAAGGCGCUUCACGUGACUCGACCGAACAGCGAUUCGAGAGCGGCAGGACUCAUAAAUAACGCUUCCUUUUGACAGUUAUUUUUAUAUUUACAAACGGGAAGAUUACAAACAUUUACUUUAUAUACAUAUGUAGAGAGAGAGAAAACAUAGGAUAUGAGCAUUUGUUGUAGUUUUUUUUUAGUAAGGGUACUGUUAGUCAUGUUACCGUUCAACUUCACGCAGACUUACACAAGUAAGACAUUCCUGUAUUUAUUAAUGUACGUGUAAUUGUCACGUUAUUGUGUGAAUUCUUGUUAUAUUAUUUCAUAAUAUCCUUAAUAAGGAUUAGCCGGUCACAAGAGAGUUAUGUGAGAGUGUACUGUGAGCGCAGCUGACAGGUUUGGCUUUUGUUUCAAUUUGGAGAAAGUUAUUAAGUACCUUUGUUUUCAAAAUAAAAAAAAACCCGUUGGUAAAAUUGUGACAUUAGAAUCAUGCUGAUUUUUAAAUGUAACGGUUUUUAAAAAUAGGUUUUGCCCUCUGUCUGGAUUUCACGCAACAGAAGAUUCGGUGACAGCGCUUCUAUUUAAACAGGAAGUGUCAGUCCGGUGUUUCUAAACAUGGACCCGUGUUGCUAACAUAGUCUUCAUUUCCACCUUGAUUCCACUGCUGAUUUCCACUCGGAGCUACUUUGUUUUUUACACUGUGCGUCCUUUUCAGUACAAUAGUGUGUUGCACUGUUACUGUGCCCCGUGUGUUUUUAUAGAUCCCUGCCUUCCUGGCUGGCAAUACACGAACGAGGGCUGCUAUUAUAUUGAGGUCAACACCAUGACAACCUGGAAGGAGGCCCUAGCGAUCUGUAGAUCGUAUUGGAUGACAGACCUGCUGUACUUGGAGAGCAAAUAUGAAAUGGAAUUGAUGCCAGUUAUUGCUGGCUUCGGAGCAUUUUGGACAGGACUGAACGACCGGUCUCAGGAGUCGCUAUUCCAGUGGACCGCAGGAUCCACACUCGACCCCUCUCUCAAAACGUAUUUUCUUGAUGACAAGGUAAAGGGAGGGCUGAAGGACUGUGUCUCGUUCAACACAAGGACCGGAUUUCUUACUGACAAUGACUGUGCGAUGAAGAACUUCUUCAUCUGCAAACGCAAUAGGACUGCAGACUUUUUUGAAGAGAAGCCAGGAUAUGGCCUGGAACAGAGCCCUCCAUACAGCUAUGAACAGAGGUCAGACCUAACCAGUGCUAAGGAUGCCUGUCAGAGUACCAAGUCUCAAUGUGCCGCUGUCGUGCCAUCAGAAAGCUUAUUUUAUCUAGUCCCAGCCAGCGCCAAGAUAGUCCCAAAAGCCAGUUCCAUGGUGUAUUCCAGAACAGAAUGCUCUCCAGGUUACAGCGGCAGCAAGUGUGAGAUUUGGACCAAACCUGUGAAGUGCGACUGUAAUUCAGGAAUCAAAACGAGCGCUCAGCAAGUGUGUGGUGCUCAGGCGUCGGCUUGUGAUGCUGCAGCUGGCUGUUUGCCGUCCUGCUCAGACACAAAGGAAAGUGAGUUUGAUGCAGCUGAUCUGACUAUAAUCAAGCUGCUGGAGAAUCGUUUAUUCAACAAUGAGGAUCUAGCAAGUUGGGACCACCCUGACAACUCGCAAGGGGAAUUUAUCAAAUACAAGCAGCCCUGAAGCCCUGCAGCCCCGUCUCACUCGCCAGGGAUUGCUUUCUCUCCUGGAUUAGCUUGUCAUGUUGAGUGGCGAGUGGUGAGCAGAGGGCACAGGAAACCCAAGAUGCACAGCAAGAACAUCGUCUCCCGUUAGGAAGAAAAGGAUCCGGCUUCAGCAGGGUCAGGGGCAAACAAAACUGAAUCUCCUGUCGCUCCUCUCUGAAAUGACCAUUUCAUUGAAACGGUACAGACAAUUAUUUGGGAGGGAGAAGAGAUUACUCCAGUGAGAGGUUGCAGAGCCCUGAUCAGUAGAGCAUUGUUGUUUUACAAAACUGCACUUUUUAACUUGAUCGUAAAUGUAUUUAAAAUGUUUGAGGUUAAAAGUUUCAGAAAAUACAUUUCCAGAAAACAGAAUGUUGUUUUAAAUGUUGUGCUUUUCAACACUUGUAGUAAAGUCUUUAUUUGUUCAUUAACUUUUUACUAAUAAUAAAACAUAUACAUUGAA